AUGGCUGAACAACGCCCUCCCACGCCGGCGACGGGCGACGACUCCUUAUCUGUGGGCCCCUCCAGAAAGGCCCCGGAUGCUGAGGAAUGCACCCUCGUCAGUUUCUACGCCGAGACAUAUCCUGGCGGGCCACUGUUGCUCCAUAAUCUGUGGUUCCAUGAGAGCUGGAGUGGUUUUGAUGCGCCGCUGAACAUCUUAUUUGGCGAGAUAGACUAUAAGCCUAUGGCCGUUAUGCUUCCUCAUGCUCCUGAGGGGACGCCGAAGAACGAUUAUGACUUUGAGUUCGUGCAGUUUCACGGUCCCAGGCCGGAUAAGUCUGAAAGGGAACCGCCUCGUCCCAACUCCCGGGCAGGCAACCAACACGCAAAUGCUAGGGUUCCCCCAUUCUUUCGAGCCUCCGCUGAAAGGGUCCGCGGAAUGGCCAAUCGCAUCCGCAUUCCCACUUUCCGGCCCCCUCCCGCCCGGUGGUGGUAUCACAAGUUCAAACAGUUCCUAAAAGCUGUUCUCAUCCUCGUCACCAUCAUUGCCGUCAUUUUUGCAGGUUUCAAGCUUGUUGACCAUGGUCCACAGCUGCGAGAGAACAUUGUAUCCAAGUUUGAAUCGAUCACUGAAUCGAUCACUCAGUUGAUCACCCAAGGAAGUAGUCAUACUGAUCAUUUCAACGCUGAUAGGGAUGAUAGCGAUAAUAGGGACUAUUUCAACAUGGGAAGAGACUAUUUCGAUACCGACAAGGACCCUUUCAACACCGACAAGGAGCAAGUCAAAGCCGAUACGCACAAUUCCGAGGCUGGUCGAGACCACUCCAGGGUUACCAAGGACCGCUCCAAGACUGCCAAGGGCCAACCCGAAACCAACAAGGGCCAAUCCCAAACCAAAAAAGAUAACAUCAAGACGGAUAAGGGCCAGCACAAGUCUGGCAAAAAAGCUGACGGCAACCAUUUCCGCGGCUCCUGGACCAAGCCAGACGAUACACACAUCACCUUUGAGGCUUCAAAAACGUCUGAAGAUCAUGUAACAGAAGUAAAGUUUGUCCAAUCAGAAGAGCAGUUCAUCAAGGAUGCAGAUGACAAUGUGCUCUUUUCCUUGAACAGCGUUACUCGGUUCUUUGUGACGCUCAUUGGUGGUAAUGAGCAUGACGAGAAACUGGACAAGAUCAUGGAAGGACUAGGGGCCGUAUCCUCAAAAGGGAGUAAGAAGGCCAAGUCACGAUGGUGGUGGUGGUAG